CGGCGACUGUAUUCACGAUAUAAUUGUAUUAAGUCCCACCAUGUUGAUCGCAAGAUUAGAGAUUGUUAUCUAAAAUCUACACAAAUUAUGGUCCCGGGUCUGUUUGUAGUGAGUGCACGUGUUGUAAGAUUUCAAAACCAUGACGUAUAGGAUAACAAUAUGUUUGUUAAUAAGCGGCUUUACGUUUAUUCACGGGGAUAGAGCUAUUGGAGCAGUAUUUGAUGAUGGCGACUUUCUAAUGGAAGCAGCUUUUAAUGUGGCUGUAGCUGCAGCUUCCGAAGGACAAGAAAACCCAUUCGAGGCAAAGGUGGUUCGGACUUCGCCCGGCGAUUUAUUGGAGGCAGAGCAAGCUAUGUGCACUCUCUUAGAAGACAACAUUUUUGGACUAUUUGGCCCGAAAUCAAAAGGUCUAAUAGAACAUAUCCAAUCUAUAUCCGAUUUGCUGGAACUGCCUCAAAUAUUAACAGAACCAGUAGAAACACAAAAUCGUAAUUGGUCAGCGGUGAAUUUAUAUCCACACCAUAUUGCCUAUUCGCAGGUGUUUGCCGAUAUAAUCAAAAUGAAAGGUUGGGAAGAGUUCACGAUAAUUUACGAAGGCGCCGAACUUUUGCCAUAUUUAGGCAAUGUCCUUGACAUUGAAGAUUUAGUUGCCGGAGAUCAUAUUUUAAUUAAUGUAGUUCAACUACCUGAUGGUGAUGACUUUAGAAAUCAAUUAAAAACGAUUAAAGCAUCUGGUUCUUUAAAUUAUCUUGUAGAUUGUAGUACACAAAACUUACCUGUAUUUUUGGAACAAGCCCAGCAAGUGGGAAUCAUGUCUGAUGACCACAGUUACGUCAUAAUGAAUCCAGAUUUUCAAACUAUUGAUAUUGACCCAUAUAAACAUGGAGGAUCUAAUAUUACAGGUGUACGAUUUUUCGAUCCGACUUUAGAGUCUAUUACGACAUUUAUUGGGUCCUUAAACGACAAAGUAACAGAACUCUCUGAAGGGCAAAUAGAAAAUGCAGUAGCUGAAAACGGUCUGACUUUAAAUUUAGCUUUGAUUUAUGAUUCUGUUACUCUGUAUACUACCGCUCUAAAUCUAAUAGCUGUCGAAGAAGGAGCUAAUGUAACUUGUGAAGAAGGUGAAAGCUGGGAAGUGGGUUCUAGUAUAAUUAAUUAUGUCAGAACGGUUGAAAUAGAUGGGUUAACUGGGUUAGUCAAAUUUGACGAGGAAGGGUUUCGCUCUGAUUUCGAAAUUGAUGUUUUGGAAUUGAUGGCUCAUGGCUUAGAAAAGGUAGGAUCUUGGACAGGUGAAGACGGUUACACUGAAACACGAACUAUUAUACCACCCGUCGAACCAGAAGGCUCAGAAUCAAUGAAAGGAAAGCACUUUAUUGUGCUUACCGCUCUUAGUGCUCCAUAUGGAAUGCUAAAGGAAUCCUCGAAUAUGCUUGAAGGGAACGAUCGGUAUGAAGGUUUCGGAAUAGAACUGAUAGAAGAGUUAGCAAAAAUGAACGAGUUCAACAUCACAUUUGAUAUACAAGAAGAUGGAGUUUAUGGCUCUUACAACGCCAAGACUGGAAAGUGGAACGGCAUGAUGGAGAAGAUUAUGGACGGUAGAGCAGACUUUGCGAUAACAGAUUUGACGAUUACUGCCGCUCGACAAAGAGCAGUAGAUUUCACCAGUCCCUUCAUGAAUUUGGGAAUAACCAUACUUUACAAGAAACCAACGAAGCAGCCGCCAGACUUGUUCUCUUUCAUAUCGCCUUUUUCCUUUGAAGUUUGGGGUUGGUUAGCAGGCGCAUUCGUUGGUGUAUCAGUACUGCUUUUCAUCCUAGGUAGAAUCGCUCCAGAGGAAUGGCAAAACCCUUAUCCAUGUAUUGAAGAACCAGAAACAUUGGACAAUCAGUUCACCUUGGCAAAUUCAUUCUGGUUUACGUUAGGAAGUGUACUUACACAAGGUUCUGAAAUCGCCCCAAUAGCGGUAUCAACUCGAACAGCUGGUAGUAUGUGGUGGUUCUUCACCCUCAUCAUGGUAUCGUCCUACACAGCCAAUUUAGCAGCGUUCCUUACAGUGGAAUCAAAGUUUUAUGCCAUCAAAAGUGUUCAAGACUUAGCAAGCAAUCCAUAUGACGUCACAUACGGUGCUAAAGCUGGUGGAGCUACAUUUAGUUUUUUUAAGGAUGCAGAUAACUUACUUUACCAGAAAAUGUAUGAAUACAUGGACAGCCAUCCUGAACUACAAACAAAAUCAAAUGACGAAGGAUUGGAACGAGUAAAAUCCGAUUCAGAAAAUUAUGCAUUUUUGAUGGAAUCUACGUCCAUUGAGUACAUGGCUGAAAGAAACUGUGAUAUUGCCCAAGUUGGUGGUCUGCUUGAUAGCAAAGGCUAUGGAAUAGCUAUGAAGAAAAAUUCUCCAUACCGUCAACCGAUGAGUGAGUCCAUACUUCAACUUCAGGAGCAGGGCAAACUAACUAGAAUGAAAGACAAAUGGUGGAAGGAAAAGCGGGGCGGUGGCGCAUGUGCGGACGAUGACGCAGGCAGUGGCGAUGCCCAACCGUUGGUGUUGGCCAACGUUGGUGGUGUCUUCAUCGUCCUCCUCGCUGGAUCCGCCAUGGCCGUCAUAUGUGCAUUCAUGGAGAUGCUUGUCGACGUCUGGACUAUAUCACAUACACACAAGGUAUCAUUCAGGGAAGAGCUAGUAGCAGAAUUGAAGUUCAUCUUCAGCUUCAGUGGUGACGUGAAGCCGGUACGUCAUCGGGAAUCAACCGGCAGUGGAUCAGGAGGCUCAAAGAAGGAUGAAGAGGAAGAAAAAGCAGAAGAUCCGGAAUCGUUGAAAGAAGAAGAUGAUGUCGUCGACCCAUCACCGACGCCAAGAUCUGAGCACUCGCACCACACUUGCCAUAGCAGGAGGAUGAGCAAUGUGUUACAGAUUGCUAAAAGUAGGAAAUAUAGUAGAAGCAAUUUGUGAAAAUAUCCCAAAUUAUCAUUGGUACCUUGUGUGUUGUAAAACAUAUUUAAUUUUAUAGCUCAGUCCUCAAAGUUACGUGCGAAAUUUAGCGAAAUGAUUAUUUAACUACAACCUACUUUCCGUUUUACUACUGUAUCCUAAAGGUACCAAAAUAUUUAUAAACGAUCGGACGGCAAAAUUAAUU